AUGGGAGACGCCGCCCGUGCCACAAAAAAUGCACAGUGCCUCCCUCUCACUGGCGCGUGUUGUGCCAAGAACUUUUUCAAUAAAAAAACAAUUAAAUGCUCGCCGUUGCAAUUUCACUUCUCCGAUCAAAACUUCUCCAAAAACAGCCUCCCCCUCCUCCCCCUCCCCCCUCCCCCUCCUCCUAGCAAUCCUCCUUCAGAAUCCGACGCUCUUCGCUGGAAACGAAAGGCUAAAGAGCGAAAACAAGAACUUCUUCGACUGAGAGAAGAUCUCAGGGAAGCCGAAGAUGCUUCACAGUGUGAUUUGUUUCCUCAAACUGCGUUAUGCAAAUGCUAUUUCUUCGAUAAUUUGGGGAAAUUAAGCCCUAAGCCAGUCGGAGACGGCUCCGAUCGCAGAUUUAACGAUAUUCUUCGCCGUCGAUUUCUUAGACAAGUGCGGAUAAAAGAAAGAAGGAAGAGAAUAAAUAAUUCAAAUAUAAAAAUACGCUUUUCAGAUAUAUACAGCAAAAAUGAAGCAGAGCAACUUAGGGCCGCCGUUGAUUUUCUUGUGGAGCUUUGUGACACUACUUCGCCUGGAAGAGUAGAGGAGGCUAAUUUUGCUAACUGGUCACACCAAGCUGCAGACUUCAUUUUAGCAUCAUUGAGGAACCUGUUAUCAAUAGGAAAUAACAUGGAGCUCAUUGAAGGAAUUGUCAGUCGCUUAAUUGUGCGUUUAGUUAAAAGGAUGUGUUCCCCUUCACAUGGAGAUGAGUCACGUCAAACUGACACUGACACCCAGUUCUAUAUUCAACAAUUGAUCCGCAAGCUUGGAUGUGAACCUCACAUUGGGCAGCGAGCAAUACUUUCAGUUUCUCAGAGAAUUUCCAUGGUAGCAGAAAAUUUGUUAUUCUUGGAUCCAUUCGAUGAGGCCUUUUCAAACAUGCAUGAGUGCUUGUUCAUAAUGAUCCAGCUUAUUGAGUUUUUGAUAUCAGACUACUUGUUAACUUGGUCGAGGGACGAGGGCUUUGACCAUGUGCUGUUUGAAGAGUGGGUGACCUCAGUUCUCCAUGCUCGUAAAGCAUUAGAACUUCUUGAGAGCAGAAAUGGGCUUUAUGUUUUGUACAUGGAUCGAGUCACAGGUGAACUGGCUAAACAUGUGGGCCAGGUUUCAUCAUUUCAGAAACUCAGCCAAGAUAUUCUUGACAAUCUAUUCUGCUGACGAAAGCGUGAAUUAUUCAAGAUAUUCUUUAAGGAGUAUGCUUAACAACAGACUAGGAAGCCCUUUGCCUAUCUAAGAUCCAAAUAAAGCCGACUUAUGGAAGCAUUGUAUUUGAACAGAUAGAUGGAAAGAUUUUAUGCAAUUAAGAAUUAUCUUCCACUUUCGGCGCUUUAGUAGUUUAUUGACAUUGCAUCACUGCCUGGAAGUCAAUAUUUCGAGUCUAGUCUGCUUAGGUAAUCAGGGCAUUUCACCCUAUGAAUUUUAUUAGUCGGGGUAUCCUGUAGAAACUUCGAAGCUAGGGCUUAGGAUAAAGAGGGGUCUUAGCUUAAUUUAUCUCCUGACAUGUGAUCUAUGACUGUUCUGCCUUUUCUGAUCAUGAAAUCAAACGUAGUAAAAUCAUGCUCUUCCAUGU